UUUAACAUUUGCACAAGAUUUCUGAGUGAAAAUUUGCAUUUUGUUAGGUAUGCACGAGAGCCAGUCGAGGCUUCAUUCAGCAUAUCACUAACUGAGCAAUGCCAAGGGUCCUGGGAGGGAUCUUAUUAGUACAUAUCAAACAGAUCGUGAUUGCAGGAGGUGCUUCUUGAAUUUGCAUGUUACUACGUGUGGCUCAUUUGCACUCGCACGGGUCAAGCAACCUUUUGCAUUUCGUUCUCGGUUCCAACAUUUGGAUGGCAAACUUGGGCUUCUAGGUCAUGACCUCUCCGUAUAUACGGCUAACUCAGUAUGCUCAGCUGCAACAUCUCAAGAGUGUCUGGCAACGAGCUCACUCAUUCAAACGCUCCUCUCUCGUAACUUGAAAGUAGAGAAGCUCGUCGUUACUUCAUCUUCCGAUUGAUAGCGAAGCAGAUGGGGCCGCCGUCGAAGGGCGUCCGUACAAUCUCGCAGGAGGCGUUCGAGGAUCUGGUGAGGGAGAACAUGGAGGAUCUGGGUAUGGAACCCGCCGAGGCCAUCCAAGACGCCAUUGACGCUCUCACCCUCCAAGGCGUCGAUCUCUCCGGAAUCGUCAUGUGUUUGCCCGGAGAGGGUGGUGUGAAAGAUAACCCUAUCAUACAGUGCUUGGAGAGAUUGAAGCAAUUAGAUCGUGAUUGCAAGAAUCAAAUGGAUGAGGGCGUGCACGAUGAGCUGGUGGAGUCGCUCGAUAAGCUCACCCAUUUGUGCUCGGAAAGCGAUUUGGGAAAUGCAGCCAUUGCAACGAGAAAUGGCGGGGUGGAAGUGGUGUGCUCUGUUUGCUCGAAGAUCCCAGAGAAUUGUGAUAAGGUUCUCGUCUCAUCUUUGAGAGCAUUGGGGCCGCUUCUUCAUGAUACACAAAGCCAAGAAUUGUUUAAAAAUUGUGGUGGACCAAGGAUUCUUUUGCAUAUCCUUGAUGAAAGUCAAAACUCGGACGUACUGAACAGCGGUUUCACUCUAGUUGCUGCUGCUGCCACUGGGAAUGAGAUUCUUAAAGAGUCCUUUAUGGAACUUAAAAUUGGUGAACUUAUUAUGCUCGUAUUGAGCAAACAGGGCAGACUCAGGAUCCAAAGCUUAUAUGAUGCUAUACGUGUUCUAUUAACUGCUGAUGAUAAUCGGGUUGUGGCUUCACAAGUCUAUGGUUAUGCUCGAAAAUUUGCAAAAGUUGGAAUUGCCGGAGCUCUAGUUGACUCGCUCCAUGAAGGGCUAAGCUCACCUACGCUAAUUUCAGCAAGCAUUGCCUUGAAGUCCAUGGCUGUUAAUGAUGAAAUUUGUAAAUACAUCGCAGAGAAUGGUGGUAUUGAUGCACUUCUCCAGGGUAUUGAUCAUAGUGGUGAACAGGGAAACAAAACUGCAGCCAGAGUUUGCUGUUCUUUAUUAUCAAAGUUAGCAGGAAGUGACGCGAACAAGAAUGCUAUUGUUGAGAAGGGGGGAAUGAAUAGGCUUAUUAAACUCUCAGCCCGGUUUAGUGACGACCCUUCUGUUCUUCAAGAGGUCAUGUCUAUUAUUUCUGUACUCUGCUUAAGGUCUCCAGAGAAUGCAGCCCGUGCCAUUGAAGCGGGAGCUGGAGAUCUUGCUCUUCAAGCGAUGGAAAAAUUUCCUGCUGCCCUGCGGAUGCAGAGGAGCUCCUGUCUCAUGAUCCGCAAUCUCGUAGUCAGAAAUGCUGAAAACAGAGCUCUUCUGCUCGGGAAUGGAAUCGAGAAGUACAUAAGAAUGGCGAAGCAAAACCACGACAGCUGCAAGGAUGCUGCAACUGAUGCUUUGAGGGACUUGGGGCUUGACAACUACAACUCGUGAACUCUAUCUUCGUAGUAGCCAUAUGUGCUACAAGGGCCAUCUCAUCUUUGGCUUCGAAUUCUUGAAUUUUGUUAGGUAGUGACAAGUGUGAUCGUAUGCGUCUUUCCUCAACAUGCCCUCUGUGAGUGUCGAAGAAACAGAGGCAUUUCCGUUUGUUGUCCAUUUUGUGUGACAUAUGAUUAUGUCCAAAGGUUUCUUUUCAUCGGUGGGUAAAUUCC